AUGUCCAAAGAAGUAGACGACUAUGCUGCUGCCAAAAACAAGCUCACACAGCUCAUACUAAAGAAACAAGCCCUAGAGGCAUCGCUUAACCAGUUAGAAGAGUCUAUCUAUGAAAAAGAGUCGGAUUACUUCAAUGAGAGUGUUCAUGGAAAUAUUGUCAAAGGAUUUGAAAACUUUACAAAAUCGUCAUCGAGCUCUAAUAAAAAGAGAAUGGUAUACAGCGAGGACGACCAUAUAUUCAGCCUUUCUUCGGGAACUUAUGUCAAGACGUUGAUGAGAAAUAUGGGCACCAACCCCAAAGAGGAUUAUUAUGAUUACGAAGAUUGCGUAGAGCCGGCAGGAUAUCCGCCACAAAACACCUCAGAGCCGGCUUCGGUGAACCUGACGCCGGGCCGGAAACGGAAAGCACGAACGUAUGAUGAUUAG